AUGUCAACAUUAUUCAAUCGUCAACCCCAAACACAAUUUCUCACUGGAAACAAUAAUCAAUUCAGCUCACAACAACAGCAACAACAGCAACCAACUUCAUCAAUAACUUCAAAUAAUCAACCACAAUUUUUACAACCUCGUCAACAGCAACAACAACAACCCGCAUGGCUUCAGUCUCAACACAACCAAAAGAAAAGAGUAAUACCCAAUCAUUUAGUACCACAUAAGAAAUCAAACUUUCAGAUAAAUGCUCCGAACUUAUCAAAAUUAAACAAAAAUUCAUCAAACUCUUCACUGUCGUCAAUGUUGGUUUCUAAUGACCAAUUUAAUAUAGUUUCAUUUGGUAAUAAUCGUAAACACACAGUCGGUAAUGGAGCUUUGAUAGAUAGAAAUAAUACAAGUUUAAGUGCAUUAUUUGAUUCAGUUGGUGGUGAUCUUAGUCGAUUUGAUGAAACCAUGAAUGAAAGUUUCCAGCAAGAUGAUAGCAUAAUAAAAAGUAACGAAGCAUUAGCAGAUGCUCCACCUUUAAGAUCAAUGUAUGAUUUGAAUGGAGAUUCUUUUGAAGUUAGUAAACCAAGUAGGAAACAAUCAAAUUCAAUAAAUAAAGAUCCUAAAAGUUACAAGAAUUUAUUCACAAGAUUUGAGUCAAGUGAUGAUAAAUUAGAUAAAGAAAGUAGAGGAGAUGAUAAAAAGAAUUCAAAUAAAAUUGACUUAGAUUCAAAUGCAAUAAUAGUAUUUGGAUAUCCAGAAAAUACAUCUAUUCAAAUUAUACAAUUUUUCAAACAAUUUGGUACAAUUCUUGAACAAUUCACUGAUUUAUCAAAUACAAAUGAAGGUGCAACAUUAUUAAGUACACUCGAAAAACAACAAACAAAUGCAAACAUAUUCACUGGUUCCAACUGGAUUAAGUUCACUUAUGAUAAUCAAAAUUCUGCAUUAAAUGCAUUACAAGAAAAUGGUUCAAUUUUUAAUGGAAAUUUAUUGGGUGUUGUUCCUUUCCACAAGAGUGUAAUUGAAAAAUUGGAGAAAAAGAAAAUAUUCACUAAUGAAAGUAUUAACGAUUUAUCAACUCCGUUAAAUUUCGAUAAGACCACCACUAAAAACGAGAGUAUAAUCACACCACCAUCCUCAUCUACUUCAACAUCCGGUGCAAAUAAGUCAACGUAUAUAAAUAGAUUAGAUAUAAAAGAAGGUACUAGUUUCUUUAUAAACCCUGAUGAAAAGAAAGAUGAGAAUAAUAAAACCGAAAAUAAUAAACAACCAAAAUUAAGCUUGUUAUCGACAUUAUCCAAAUAUAUAUUUGGUUUCCAUGAUUUAUAG